CGACGCCAUCUUGAAUCGGACAGUUUCUUCAUGAAGUUUUAAAGCUUUUACAACUUACAUCGACAUCGUGAAAUAAACCAACAUGGGAGCGUGUUUGGCCCUGGGUUCCCUGGCCAGUUGUGCGUCCUGUUUGUGCGGCUCAGCCUCCUGCCUCCUGUCGUCAUGCUGCCCGUCAACGUACAGCUCCACCAUCAGCCGGCUGGCCUUCUCCUUCCUGCUGCUGCUCGGGACCAUGGUGUCUGUCAUUAUGAUUCUCCCAGGCAUGGAGGAACAUCUUAAAAAGAUUCCAGGUUUCUGUCUUGGUGGCUUGUCCAUACCUGGCAUAGAGAACAAGGUGAACUGUGACAUCAUUGUGGGCUACAAGUCAGUGUACCGCAUGUGCUUUGCCAUGGCCUGCUUCUUCUUCCUCUUCUCCAUCAUCAUGAUACGAGUGCGCAGCAGCAAGGACCCCAGAGCCGCCAUCCAAAAUGGAUUCUGGUUCUUCAAGUUCCUGGUGCUGCUUGGCAUAACUGUAGGCGCUUUCUUCAUUCCAGAGGGCAUGUUCACAACAGUGUGGUAUUACUUUGGCGCGGUGGGCUCUUUCAUCUUCAUCAUCAUCCAGCUCAUCCUGCUGGUGGACUUCGCCCAUUCCUGGAACCAGGUCUGGCUGGAGAAGGCAGAGAAUGGAAACCCAAAGUGCUGGUUUGCAGGUCUGCUUUUCUUCACCAUCACCUUCUACGCCCUGGCUUUCACUGCUCUUGUGCUUUUCUACGUGUUUUAUACCCAACCUGACGACUGCACCGAGCACAAGGUCUUCAUCAGUCUCAACUUCAUAUUCUGCAUUGUUGUGUCCAUCGUGGCCAUUCUGCCCAAAGUUCAGGAGGUUCAGCCCAGCUCAGGCCUGCUCCAGGCCUCCAUCAUCACCCUCUACACCAUGUAUGUCACCUGGUCAGCCAUGACCAACAACCCCAACCGCAAGUGUAACCCCAGUCUGUUGAGUUUGGUCCAGCCCAGCAGUCCAACUCCAGCGCCAGGACCUGCACCUCCUACCCCAGCCCCUGGAAACACCCAGUGGUGGGAUGCACAGGGCAUCGUGGGACUGAUCAUUUUCUUGUUCUGUACUCUUUACGCCAGCAUCCGCUCCUCCAACAACACCCAGGUGAACAAGCUGAUGCAAACUGAGGAGGGCCAGGGUCUGACCGCCGACAUGGUGGUCGAGGAAGACGGAGUCCGACGGGCGGUGGACAACGAAGAGGACGGCGUCACCUACAGCUACUCCUUCUUCCACUUCAGCCUCCUCCUGGCCUCCCUCUACAUCAUGAUGACCCUCACCAACUGGUACAAGCCGAACACCGACUACGACACCAUGCAGAGCACCAUGCCGGCCGUGUGGGUGAAGAUCUGCUCCAGCUGGCUCGGCCUGGGGAUCUACCUCUGGACCCUGGUGGCCCCGCUGGUUCUCCCCGACAGAGACUUCAGCUAAAAACGGUGAAGUCUGACAACAUGUGGCCACUCGCCUCUUGCUAUUUGCACCUUGGAGAAUGAUAGCUUUAGCCUCAAAUUGAUUGAUUUGCUUCCAACUCCACAUUUAAAUGCGGAGAAUGUAAAAGUUGAUAGCUUAAAUGUUGAUUGUUGUAGCUCAAGUUGAAACGAGCAGUUGUGCGGGAACAUAAAAAUGUUUGAGCUGAGCUUUAAUCACACAUUCCAGUUUUUCCACCUCAGGUUGUUUUUUAUAUUUUUUUUCUUCCACUGUUACAAAUAUUUUAACAGAGAGCACUAACUGCCUUUUACAGGACAAGACCAAAUUAACCUUUCGGGGAACAUUUUGAUAUUUUAGCUUUGGUUCACUACAUGUAUGUUAGCUGUUCCUACUGGGCUUUCACUUUGAUUUUAUGGAAAGGUAUUCAGAUUUUCUAGAUUAACUCUUUCCUAGUUAUGAAUUUUAUAUGACACAGCUUUGUUCUAUUGCCUGAUUUUAUAACAAGAGUGCCUUAUUAUAUUUUUCACACAAGCUAUUCAGGAGGAACGUUUUUGAUAUCUUUAAAGGGACGUUCUGUCUUCACUGUUAAGUUACUUCCUCAAUAUAGUGUAUGUUCACUUUUCAUUAUAAUCAAUAAAGUUGACAUUGUUUAAUAUCUUUAA